UCCAUUCAACGCAAUGUAUGCCAAACUUGUAGAGUAGGGAUAGCCUUAUAUGCCUUUCCUGGAGUGCCAUAAAUAGUGAUAGCAUUUCCAUUGACAUUAAAACAACUUUUCAUUCAUCAAAACAUUUAAGUUAAACACAAUUACUGCCAAACAAUGGAUGAUAUAUUCAAUUGGUGUAGAGAUGGUAACGCUUUCCAAGUGAGGGUAUGGCUGGACGACACCACCCACGACAUGAACCAGGGUGAUGACCACGGCUUUAGUCCUCUGCAUUGGUCGGCGUUCGCGGGCCGGGGAGGUCUGGUGGAUAUGUUGAUCGCAAAGGGCGCCCGUAUUAACGCCACAAACAUGGGGGACGACACCUGCCUCCACUUGGCCUCAGCGCAGGGACACAAGGAUGUGGUCCACCAACUGCUCAGACAUAAGGCUGACAUAAACGCGGUGAACGAACAUGGAAACACUGCCCUCCACUACGCCUGCUUCUGGGGCUACCAAAGCAUUGCUGAAGAACUCAUCACUUCCGGUGCUUUGGUUAAUAUAAGCAAUAAAUACGGCGAAACCCCGUUAGACAAGUGCAGGGGUCAGAUGCAACAGCGCCUCCACGAGUUGGCCGCCGAGUUGGGUCAAGACGUGACCAAAAAGAUCCCCUAUAAGGACCAGUCCUGGUUGGGCACAAAGUCCCGUUCCCGUGACGCCACGCUAUCCCGGUAUUCAGGGCUCACUCUCCAAGAGCUUCAUCUCCAGCACAAGAUAUCGUCGACGCCGUCCGGCGAGACCUGGAGAGGUGUUUGGCAGCGAAAUAAUAGCGAGAUUUGUGCCAAAUUUGUGGCUGUCGUCGGGGAAAUGGCGCCCAGAAUUCCGCGCGACUUCUCCGAGGAGUUCCCAAGACUUCGCAUCUUUUCGCACCCGAAUGUACUGCCAGUCAUUGGUUGCGUGAAUUCGCCGCCAAAUCUGGUUGUCGUCAACCAACACAUGCAAUACGGAAGCCUAUAUCAAGUCCUCCACGAGGGCACCGGUAUUGUGGUCGACACGCAUAAGGCGCUCAAGUUUGCCAUUGAUAUCGCCCGGGGAAUGGCGUUCUUGCAUACACUGAAUCCACUCAUACCUCGUCUCUACUUAUCAUCGAAACACGUUAUGAUCGACGAGGACCUGACUGCCCGGAUCAAUAUGGCGGACGCCAAGUUCUCGUUCCAGGAGCGCAAUAAGGUGUAUAACCCGGCGUGGAUGGCACCGGAAGCCCUCCAGAAAAAGCACACCGACAUCAACGUGAAGGCUGCGGACAUGUGGUCGUUCGCCGUACUCUUGUGGGAGUUGGCCACCCGUCAGGUGCCCUUCGCUGACCUCUCGCCCAUGGAGAUCGGCAUGAAGGUAGCGCUCGAGGCCUUAAGGGUCACCAUUCCUCCCGGUGUGUCGCCACACAUGGCCCGACUGAUCCGCAUCUGCAUGAAUGAGGAGCCGGGAAAGAGACCGUCCUUUGAUCAGGUGAUCCCUAUCCUCGACAAAAUGAAACAGUCGUAACGGUGGGCACCGGGAUCUCAACCCGAUACAAGUGUUCAACAUUUUGUGUUCAACUCUCUAUGCAUUUAAUAUAUAAUCAAAAAGUUUUUAACAGUUUUAAUAAUUUAUAAAACGAUAACAUGUUUUUAAAAAUA